AUGUCAUGGCUCUCGCGUGACACGGCGCGUCAUGGUCCGCCAGAUCGCCGGUCCCGACCGCUGUCGAGCCACGUCCGAGUUGGGAGGAGCCGACGGCGGAUCCCCGUCUUCCUCGUCUGCGUCGUCCUGGGCCUCGCCGUCGUCCUGUGGUCGCGCGCUGCGCCUUCUCGAACGCCGGCCCGGCGAGGCACGCUCCUGUCGUCCAAGGCGCACCCGUUUGGUCCGCCCGAGCACCCGCUCCCGGUCCACCACCUCGAGCGCCUCAUGAUCUACAACAACACGCCCGUCGCCCCGUCUCGUCCACCCGCAACCCAGUUCCUCCUUGACCCUCGAGCCGACCUGUCGCGACCCGUCGUCGCCAUCAUCACGGCGACCAACAACCCGCGCGCCGUCAUGCGCGAGACGGCGACGACCCUGUUCGGCCAGUCGCUCCAGAACUUUGUGUGGGUCAUCGUCGACGACCAUACGGUCGAGCCCAGCUCGCGCGACCUCCUGGCCGAGCUCGCGCGUGACCCGCGUGUCGUCGUCGUCAAGAACCCGGGCGACGCCGGGCUCGCCGCCGCGCGCAACGUCGGGCUCGACCACGUGUUCGCGCACUUCGACCCACCGCCCAAGUACCUCGUCUCGCUCGACGACGACGACCUGUUCGAGUUUACGGCGCUCGAGAAGACGUGCUGGAUGCUCGAGAGCAACCCGGACUGGGACGUCGGCGGGUUCCGGUACGUCAAGUGGGGUGCGUCGAACGAAACGGUGACGACGGGCCUGCACUCGGGCCAGCGCAACUGGCGCCUCGGCAACUUUGUCCCGAACGCGGCCGUGUACACGUCGCGCGCGCUCGAGAUGAGCGGCUGUCGGUACAACGAGGUCGAGUUCCACGACGGCGGCGAGGACUGGGACUUUUGGAUGUGUCUCGCCGACGCCGGCCUGUGGGGCGGCACCAUCCUCGAGCCGCUGUACUGGUACCGCGUCAACGACCCCAAGUUCCGCACCAAGCGGUGGGGCAACACGUUUGUCGACGGCUUUGAGCAGCUCAAGGAGCACAUCAUGCGCAAGCACCCGACCCUCGACAAGGCGUUCCCGGUCAAGAAGCCCAAGCACGGCGUCCAGCUCGCGCCCAUCAUGUGGGACCCGCCGUUCGAGCACGCGCUCGCGCACACCGACAAGCAGAUCAUGUUCAUCCUCCCGUGGCUGUACGUCGGCGGCGCCGACAUUGGUGCCCUGCACAUGAUCCAGCUGUACGCGCUCGCCGGCUACCGCGUCACGGUCGUCUGCACCCUGAGCAAGUUCCCCGAGGGCGUCGAGCUGCGCCCGUUCGCGCUUCAGUACACGCACGACAUCCACGUCCUCCCGACUUUCCUUCGCCCGCACGACUUCCCGCGGUACCUCAAGCACCUCGUCGAGUCGCGUGGCAUCCGCCAGGUCAUCAUGAGCAACAGCCAGCUCGCGUACGAGAUGCUGCCGGCGCUCGCCGAGCACCUGCCCGACGUCGAGUGGAUCGACUACCUGCACAACGAGGCGUACAACGGCUGGAAGGCCGGCGGGUACCCGCGCCUGUCGAUCAUCAUGCAGCGGUACCUCGCCCGCACCAUCACGUGCUCGCACUACUUGCGCGACUGGCUCGUCGACAACGGGCACCUGGACGCGAGCCGGAUCGGCAUCGUCAAGCUCGGCAUCGAGGCGUCGCAGUUCAAGCCGGCGACGGCCGCCGAGCGCAACGCGGCCAAGGCGUCGCUCCUCGGCGUGGAGCCAGAGACGUUCGUCAUCGUCGUCGUUGGGCGCCUCGACCCGCAGAAGCGCACGCUCCUCAUCCCGCCCAUCGUCGAGGAGCUCAUCCGCCGCACCGAGGACGACUUUCUCGUCGUCAUGGUCGGUGAGGGCGGCCUGCGCACCCAGCUCGAGAAGCUCGUCCAGCUCGCGUCACUCAGCGACUUUGUGCGGCUCGUCGGCACGCAGAGCGACCUCGGCGACUACUACGCGGCGGCCGACCUGUUCCUCCUGCCGACCAUGGGCGAGGGCAUCUCGAUCGCGGUCGGCGAGGCCAUGGCGUCGGGCCUGCCCAUCGUGACGGCGCGCGCCGGUGCACUCCCCGAGCAGCUCGGCGAGCUCGACAGCGCCGGCCGCAAGGUGCACGACCCGAACGAGCUCGCCGGGAUCCUGAUCGAGCACGAGCUCGAAGACGACCCGGUCGACGACGCGGUCCAGUACGCCGACGCGAUCGAGAAGCUCAUGCUCGACCCGGCGCUGCGCGCGAGGCUGGCGCGCAACGGGCGCAAGAUGGUCGAGGACGGGUACGACUGGCGGACAACGCUCGGCGGGCUCUUUGUCGAGGCGGACAAGGCGCACAACUUGCCCGGGCACGUGACGGGCGACACGCGGUACCCGCUGCCGGCGGCGUACAUGGCGACCGAGAUCAUGCUCGCCGAGAUGUGGCGCGAGACGGACAUGCGCGGCUACUUCGACCUCCUUCGUCCGCUCGACCUCGACCACGACCACCUCGUCUCGCCUCGACAUGGGCUGCUGAGCCUAGCAGCGUCCAGCUCCGACCUCUCCACGCUCGACUACGCCGCCGCCACGCGAGCGCGCCUCGCCCAAGUCGCCGCCUCGACCGCUCCCUCCAGCGAGCCCGACUCAAACGACCGCCCUCGCCUCGUCCUCUCGCCCACGAGCCCGCCAGAUUCGACCGAGGAGCGCAGCACGACGGCUCGCGCCGCGUCGCGCUCGAGUGGCGCUUGCGGGGUUUCGAGCCCCGAGGCGUCCGACCUCGCCACGGGCAGCCCGGCGCGACGAGCAGAGCACCGUCCUGACCUCGCACGUCCCUCGUCCCUUUCCCCGUACCUCGCCGACCCGCGCCUCCCGCCGUCCUCGACCCACGCGCAGCCGACACCGUUCGAUCGCGCUCCCGGCGACGACGAGCUCCCGCGCCUCAAGCAGACCUGGAACGCGUGGAACGGCAGAGCGAGAAAGCUCCUCGACCAGGAGUCGCGCAUCGAGAACCUGUACUGGCGUCGUUGGCACAUGGAGCAGCGUCACGGACCCGUCCAGUCGGCCGUGCGCGACGACCUGUACGGCCUGCACGCGAGCGUCGAGGCGCACGAGCGCCGGCGCGCGACUGAAGACCUCGAGGCCUUCUUGCGCACGACCCUUCAAGCCGCACAGCCGUCGACUCACGUCCCCGUACCUCCUCAGCCUCCGACCUUCGCCGCCCUCACCCAGUCGGCGCUCCCGACCAGCCUCUCGCAACCUUCCCCUCGUCUCGGCCAACCCGCUCCGACCCCACCUCUUGUGAGCGCGCCUCAGCCGCAACGACUCGCGUUCAACCCGUCGCCCGAGUGGGGCUACUCGCCGCUGCCCUCGGUGUCGCAGCCCAACCAGAGCCGCAUCAUCGCCACUCCGGCCUGGACGGCGCUCAUCUCGGACUCGCCGCGUGCGGCGCAGGCGCAGCCGCCCGCCCAGUCGGCGCCGCAGCAGGCCGUCGAGCAGCAGCACGGCGCGCAAGGGCAGCAGCAGGCGGGCGCGCCUCUCGCGGCGCCGUCGUCGGCGACCGCGCAGCAUCAGCAGCUGCCGACGCUGCAGCACCCGCAGCCCAUGGCGGCGCUCAACGCAUUCGGUUUCCCGGGCUACCCGUUCCCCGGCUCGGGCCCGAGCGACCCGUUCGCCGCGUCGACCUCGUCGGCAAACGUCUCGCACGGCGUCUUCCCCUUCGGCAUGCCUCCCACCUCAGCAGCACCACCCACCCUUCCCUCGCCCAGCUUCGCCCUCCCGCCAACCGCGACCGUCUUCUCGGACCUCCCGUCGGCAUUGUCCUCGGCCCCGCCGACCGCCGCACCUCCCGCCUUCUUCUCGUCGUACGGCAUGUACCAGCCCGUCAUCGCGCCGUACCCGCGGUUCCUCACGCCGUCGCCCGAGCCGAGCAUCCUCGGCGAGCUCGAGCUCGAGCUGGGCCCGACGACGGGCGAGUUUCACUCGUCGUCGUCGGCCGGCGUGACGCCCACGACCGCCGCCGACGGCAUGGACCACGUCUGGCGCGACCUCGAGGGCCGCUCCGAGACGAGCCCGGGCGACGCGGCCAUCCCGCCCGUGUCGGGCAGCGAGGGCCGGGACCCGUUCGAGGGCAUGAGCCUCGCCCAGAUGCGCAGCCGCGCCAACAGCCUCGAGGCGGUCGACCGCGACGCGUCCCGCUUCGACAUUGGCGGCGCGACGGGCGCGGCGGCGGGCGGCGACGGGUCGGCCGACCCGGACGCGCACUUGUCGCUCGCCGAGCAGGCGGCGAGGGAGGUCGAGCGUGCGGCACAGCUCCACGCCGACGGCGGCGCGGCGGCGUACCCGAGCGCGGCGGCCAAGGGCAAGCGCAAGGCCAAGGGCGGCGGCGGCGGCGGCAAGAAGACCAAGGGCUCGCGCGCCAACAGCCCCGAGCCGGACGGCGCCGACGCGGGCUCGUCCAAGCUCGCGGCCAACGGCAGCAAGAAGAACCGCAACCCGCACUCGACGCAGCUGCCGGGCAACGGGCAGCGGCGCGCCGUCAAGGAGGAGGCGGGCGAGGGCCACGAGGGUCCCGUCUGCUCGCACUGCGGCAGCAUCACGACGCCGCUGUGGCGACGAGGACCUCACGACGAGCUCCUGUGCAACGCGUGCGGCCUGUACCUCAAGCUGCACUCGAAGCCGCGGCCCAAGACGUUCGGCAAGUCGAACGCGUCGAAGCGCACGUCGAACGGCGCGGCGGCACAAGCAGCGGCGAGCGGCGUGCCGCCCAGCUGCAACAACUGCGGCGCGACGAGCACGCCCAUGUGGCGCAAGGACCCCGAGGGCCGACUGUGCUGCAACGCGUGCUCGCUCUACUACAAGCUCCACAAGGUCAACCGGCCCGCCUCGCUCGCCCAAAAACGACAAGCCGCCGCCGCCGCCAAGGCCAACCUCGCCGCUGCCGCAGCGGCCGGCCAGAACGACGAGGCGUCGGGGUCGACUUCCCCGUCGGGCCUCGUCGCCGCACCACCCGUCGUCGUCAGCAACGCCCAGCUCCCGACGCCGGCGACCUCGACCGAGAUCACGCCCGUGUCGUCCAACGAGGCGCACGCACCGAUACCGCCUCCUCCACCUCACCUCCCUCACGCCUUCCACCCACCCUUCCCGCCACCAGGCAUGCCGAUGAACCCGGGCGACCCGGCCGCCAUGCACUUCAUGCCCCAGCCGCCCAUGUGGCCGCCGCACCCGCUCGCGCCCAACCUGUACGGCCCCAUCCCGCCCAUGCACCACCACCUCGCGCCGCAUCAGCAGCACCCGGCGACGGCGCACAAGUACAUGCUGCCGCCGGCCAUGCCGCAGCAGGGCAUGCCGCCGAACCCGUUCGCGCAGACGGCGUGGGGCGCGCUCGCGUACGGCAUCGUGUCCGCCGCCGCCGCCGAGGAGGCUGGGUCGGUACCAGGCGUGCCGGGCAGCGGCGCGCCGCCACCGCCUCCUCCACCAGGUCCCGGACCCUGA